UCGCAUAAGUGCGGCUGCGCGGUGGGAGUGCCAUGCUAGCAGUCUCUUUCGCAGCGUUAGCUAACGCGGUGAAGGAUUCAGUUUUCUAGCUGAACCCUAUUGUUCAGUCGCAGCUGCUGGGUUCUUAUGUGGAGACAUCAGGCAGGGUAACCAACAGUCACACGGACAUGAGAACCAGCGGAACUGAGGCUGCGCUACAGCCCGGAACUGUGGCGUAAAGCAUAAAAGCAUUGUAUUGUUCAGCCGCUGGUCACGUGCGCGCUGGUUACCUCGGUUUCAUCCCCUCUUCGGGGUUCUCCCGGUUGACUGGCUGAGAGUCCAGCUUUGACACAACUAAGGGUUGAUUUACUGCGUGGUCACGCCUCAGUGCUGCUGAGUGUGAGGCUGUUUGCGGCCAGAUCAUUGACUGUAUUUAAGAACUGGACUGAGUGACCCCUCCCCCCUCGCGUUCCAAACAGGAAGUACCUAAAAGAAGCCAGAACCCCAAAGACGUUUAUAGAUAACUGUCAUUCUAUUCUUACUCUGAUACUGUUUUUCAUAGUCCUCAUUAUUCUAGUUAUUCAAGCUCCAAACGGACCAAUCAGAAGCCUCUAUCGAAGCAUGUGUUGUCUGCUUGCCCCAUUGAUGUAGCAGAGAACUGGACUUGGGGAAAAACAAAUACAACCAGCUGCAGAUCCGUGAGGCAGCAGGAUGUCACUGUACUACAACCAGGACAGCGCCACGCGCUUCAAGAAAAGGAAGGCUCGCUUCUCCUUCAGUGAAGUCCACAUUCUGUUGGAUGAAGUGAGGAAGAACCGCAUGGUGGUUGUGGGCAAGUUCAACCGCGGCGUUCCCACCGACGUGAAGAAGCGGACCUGGGCAGAGAUUACCGCUCGCGUCAACGAGAUUGGGGAGUGUCAGCGAGAGAUCAUCGAGGUCAUCAAGAAAUGGUCUGACCUGAAGUGUGACACCAAGCGGAAGGUGGCCGCCAUGCGCUCAGGGACGGUGCCUCACCGGGGCCUGAACUCCCGCAUGUCCCGAGACCUCAACCAGACGGAGAAGAUAGUCCUGCAGAUUCUGGAGAUGGACGGGGAGGAUCAGAGCACCGAGGACUUCUGUCCCCUGGGGGAGGAUGAUGAUGAUGUGGCAGAGGAGGAGGAAGAGAUGGAAGAGGAGGACAUGAUUGGAAUGCAGAGUUCUCCUAACGGGGGGAUGGACAUGGCACCGAUGGCUCCUCCAGCCUCCUACAGCACGGGGGACUCGUCUCAGGCAGCGUAUGAUGUGCAGUAUGAAAUUCCUGCCACAGAAGAUCCAGAAGCUGGAUUUGGAGAUUCGGAUGAGGAUCAGAGGGAGGAGAUUCCGUCGUCAUCGCAGCCCUCCAAAGCAGCAGACGACCACCGGGUCAACAACGGCAUCCCAAAGCAAGCGCCACCUCAGACGUCCUCUGCGGCACGGCCCACGCGGGUGCCGGCGCCACCUCCAGCUCCGGCUGCGGGGCUGAGCUCGAGGGACAGCAUGCUGCAGAACGCCUCUCUGAGCCUGCAGGAGCAGCACGCCACCAACAUCCUGCUGGAGACGGUUUCCCGCUCCCUGGAGCUGCUGUCGGAGUCGGUGCAGCAGCUGGCAGAAACUCAGCAGGAGUUUGUGCGCGAGUCGCUGCAGCUGCAGCGGGAGACGGUGCAGGUCCUAAGAGACUUCACAGGGGGCGCCAUCGCGCUCAUGCAUGACAAACUGAACGGACGGCCUGCAUUGUAGCUGCUGAAGGGUUGUGUCAAUGACCCGGAGACUUGUAAUUUAUAACCCCCCCUCCUCUGUCGGUUUAUACAGUAUUCCACAGGUUUUCUCUGGUUACAUUUGGAGCUGUAAACGAGGUUUCUGUCUGAGACUUCUGACAGACAAACCAGCCCAAAGGAGGACGAUGGAGGCCUUUUCUGCUUCAUUUUUACUCUGCCACAUUAACCCUUUAACUCUGGAGCGCCACAACUGACAUUCUUUCAACUGCUGUGGAGAAAAGCAACACUUUACGGUGCAACGCCACUUCUCUCUGCAUCAGAAUGCUGAUUCAUGUUGGGCAUGUGAACAGUCUAGGAUUACGGUACGUCGGUGUGUGUUAAGGUGCAUUCACACCACACAUGAUUCGCCCGGUGGAGACGGACAGUUUCAAUGUUUAGUCAUUGGAACAGACGCGGCAUGAGGCGAUCUGAAGUCCUGCAGCGCGAAUGUCUGCCAGCAACUCAAUUUGAGUGGCGGGGCGUAAAUUGGGCUGCGUGGCCAGAAUUUAACCCCUUAAAGCCUAAUGUCGCAAAUAUGCGAUAAAACACUUCAGCUCCAAAAUUACCAAAAUUUAUCAUCUACUUAAAAUCCAAAACAUGAGUUAUAUAUAUAUAUAUAUGUAUAUAUAUAUGUCAUACCUGAAAAUCAAUUCAGCCGUUCAGGGGUUAGAUAUCUGAAGUUUGACAGGUCGCUGAGUCGUAUCUGCUGAUCAGGAGUUCAGCUUUUGGCUUGUGGCGUUUUCAGGGAUUCGAUCAUCGGGGAGAAUAAAAGUCUAAAGCGAG